CAGAUCUGUACACUGAACAGUAAAUGCGGAGACUGAAACACCACGGAAGUUGUUUAAUUAUUGAAAACGAUAGGAUCAUGGAUCAAGUUGUGUGGAGACUUGUUGUGACGAUUCUGCAAUAACAAUAACACUGAAAGGGAAUCGGGAUAGCCUGCACACUUCAGUCCGGGGGCAGGGAAGGUAAACACUUCAGUCCGCUCCUGAUGGGAAGGAGCAACAAGCGGCAUCGAACAGAGCAAACCGGUGGCCUGCAUGUAUUGUAGCCAAAGAGUUCAAUUCUGACGGUGAAAAUAGACCUAUGUUGAACAUGAAAUACUAACUUUGUUCACGUUUUCACUAGAGGAAAAUAUUUGACCGACUUAUGUGGUUCAUUGUUUGUUUAUCUAACACAAUGUUAGCCAAUCUUUGAGUCAACAUUGAUUCGCGUUUGGCUAAGCUGACACAUGGAAAUCUUGCCGACUGCUAAUGAGUGACGUUACUCUGGGACCUUUCAGAAAUAUGGCCUAUAUCUAAGCCAGCGAACGCUGCUUUGGACUAUGGAGAUACCAGUUGGAUUAGGAGAAGUUUGUAACUCCCCUAACACAAUUUUUCGCGAAUCCUAUCCAAAUCUUUUUCACAGCGUGCGAGUUGCGCGAACUAACACUGUCGUCUCCGAAACAUUGGAUUUAUCAAGUUCAAAGUGCAGUUUCUUGCACCAAAUACAGUCGCGAGAAAUGCGCCAAACUAGCAGGCAGUCUCCCUGGGAAGACGCAUGCUCAGGGACUGCAUAUCUUUCUAAAUAUGAAGUUACUGCGAACCUGCGAAAUGCACAAACAACUGUCGACGUUGGGGUAAGUCGUGUUGAUGUUGCUAAAAACUCCACAAACACGGAACAGAAGUUGUCGGUUACCGCUGAUGAAACCGAGCGCGCCAGUGACAGGGAGUUUUCUGCCGGUCACUCGAAUUCGCAUUCACUUAGCACAGACCUCAACUGCUGUAGACCAGCCUCGGUUCGUCACACACCCAAGUUAAGUCCUAACGGUGACGCAUGUGUGGGAAACAGUUCUCCUGGUUCUACCAACACGACCAUCUCAGAAACGGCAAGGGAGCUGUGCAACGCUGUCUCUGUCUCAUUGGGGCUGGCCAUGGAUUCGAGCGAGGUGAGUGAUCUGGAAAACUAUGCACCGCCACUCGCGUCUGAACAAAGUGAAGGAAACUCACUCGAGGUGUCAUUACUGGACAGUAGGACUAGAGGUGGACCCGUAGCUGGCGCGCCAACGACAGAGUACAGCAAUUCUUCGAGAGACGAUUCAAUUAUCAGUAUGUUCAAAACUAGGCCUACAAAUGUGAACUAUUUGAGAGGGGGAGUGGAAACCUUGCAGGACCUCACACCCUCACGCGCGGGCCGGUCAGAGGAUGAGUUUGGACUGAGCGCCUGCGCUGACUUUGCUAAAGAUGCAACCGUGAUCAUGGAUCAUUGUAGGUAUCAGUUUGACCAGAUGUUGCCGAGCAACUUGACAAACUUUAGUUCCGCUGAACCAAUGCCCGCGCGAUCGACCAUCAGCCCGCCCUAUAUGAUCUACAAGUCUUCGGUCCACAGCACUGAUGUUGCAGAGACAGCGGAAGAAAAACAUCACUCAAAUCAUUGCAACAAGAAGAUCAAGACCGAAACGAUGACCUCAGAAGUUUGGGGGUACCCGUACCGAUAUGCCGAGAACCGUAAUGCGCCGUAUGGACACUAUCGACAGACCAUGCACCCAUAUUGUUCUGGCUCACAGCCCGCAUUCAUAUCUAAGUCAUAUGACUAUGGUGGACUGAUGGCUCGAGAGAGGGCGACUUCAGAACAGUGGUACGCCAGUGGGAUGCUGUCCCGUAUGUCUUAUCCAACAUCUGGAUGCGUAAAAAAUGAUGUUGGGCAGUGGCUGGACAUGUCAACGUAUUCUGACGGCAGGUUUGAUGGAGGGCGUGAGCACAUGUUUCCCAUGGAGUUUUUUUUCCCGCCUCACCGCACCUGCCUCAUCUGCUCAGACGAGGCGUCAGGCUGCCAUUAUGGAGCUCUCACCUGUGGCAGCUGCAAGGUGUUCUUCAAGAGGGCAGCAGAAGGUAAACAGAAGUAUCUUUGUGCAAGUAGAAAUGACUGUACUAUCGACAAACUGCGGAGGAAGAACUGUCCAUCCUGUCGGCUAAAGAAAUGCUUCGAGGCAGGCAUGAGCCUGGGAGCCCGCAAGUUGAAGAAGAUCGGCCAGCUGAAGGGAGCCGAGGAAGAGGAGGGCGUGGUGGCCCAGGGCCCCGCCGAGGCCCCCCAGGUGGUCUCCCCCAAGCCCGCGCUCUCCUUCCACUCCCAGGCUGUCUUCCUGAACAUCCUGCAGACCAUCGAGCCCGAAGUGGUCAACGCCGGCCACGACCACAGUCAGCCCGACUCGGCCGCCGCUCUGCUCACCAGCCUUAACGAGCUCGGCGAAAGGCAGCUCGUCAAGGUGGUCAAGUGGGCCAAAGGACUGCCAGGGUUUCUUAAUCUCCACGUGGAUGACCAGAUGACCAUGAUCCAGCAUGCCUGGAUGGGAGUGAUGGUCUUUGCCAUGGGCUGGAGGUCCUACAAGAACGCCGAUGCCCAGAUGCUCUUCUUUGCUCCUGACCUCAUCUUCAAUGAUCGGAGAAUGCACAUCUCCAGUAUGUACGAGCAGUGUGUGCAGAUGAAGCACUUCUCCCAGGAGUUUGUGCUCCUGCAGGUGACAGAGGAGGAGUUCCUCUGCAUGAAAGCCCUCAUACUCUUCAGCAUCAUUCCAACGGAGGGUCUAAAGACUCAGAGGUAUUUUGACGAAUUGCGUUUGACCUACAUCAAUGAGCUGAAUCGCUUGAUAAGUGACACCAGGACAACUAACUGUGCCCAACGCUUCAGCCAGCUCGCCCAACUUAUGGACUCCCUGCAACCGAUUGUCAGGAAGCUUCACCAGUUCACCUUUGACCUAUUUGUCAGGGCACAGUCUCUGAACACCAAGGUCAACUUUCCUGAGAUGAUGGCCGAGAUCGUGUCAGUGCAGGUGCCAAAGAUCCUGGCCGGCCUGGCCAAGCCGAUUCUCUUCCACAAGCCACAGGCGUGUGAGGUCAGCAUGUGCUUUUCAGACUCCCGUUGAGUUCUGCUGCCCAGAGAGAGGCAUAGGAGCCCAGUGACAGAUACUCUCACACACACAGACAUAUACACACACACACACACACACACAGGCUCAGUUUUCUUUGCUCCCUUUCUUUCUAUUCAGACUUUCUCAUCUUCAUUGUCCACUAUAGCCCCUUUUUCUGGGAAGUGAAUAUCCUUGGAGAGAAGAAAAAAACUACCCAACAAAAUACCCAAGCCCAAUUUGAUCAUUGCAGUAGAUGGUCUCCUUAAAAAUGAUGGAGGACAUUUUCUUACAAGACAAGAUAGGUCAGGACAGAACAGUUAGUUUUAAAGGGAAAUGAAACCAUCAGCAGGACAUUAAUGUGUGUGUGUGUUUAUCUGAUGGAGUUUUAGUAGGGGUGUAAAACUACACAUAUUCUUAAUGAACCGUUUAGGUAAAGGACGAGGUUCAAUACAGAUGUGUAAUGAAUGUGACAAAUUUUGUCUUUAACAGUAAUCAACAGUAUAGGAACGUCACCUAUUACCAACCGUCCCGUAUUUCCGUCCUCUUAUGUGUAU